AUGCGCUGGCUCCUGGAUAAGCCAACAGCAGCCUGCUACGCUCUGUCGGUGCUGCUCCAGACUGCAGUGGCAUCUCCAGUCCAGCCGAACCCAGUCAUCGACCUCCUGCCCAGGCAGACCAUUACCCCUGGCGGCAAGCCAUGUGGUCAGAACAAUGCCACCAACCGGGGAUGCUGGAAGAACAACUGGAACAUCAGCACGGACUAUGAGUUUACUACUCCACCUGCCUUCAACACUCGGACGGUAUAUCAGUUCCCCGGACCCACGAUCGAGGCUGACUGGGGCGACUACAUCAUUGUCAACGUCUACAACGACAUGCAAGACAACGGGACUUCAAUCCAUUGGCACGGCAUCCGCCAGUUUGGCGAGAGCAACCAGGACGGAGCCAACGGCGUCACAGAAUGCCCCAUUCCGCCCGGCCACAUGAAGCGGUACGACUUCCAUGUCACUCAGUACGGGACGUCAUGGUACCACAGCCACUACUCGGCCCAGUACGGCAACGGCGUCGUUGGCGCCCUCAUCGUGCGCGGUCCGGCAAGCGCAAACUACGACAUCGACCUUGGCCCGUACAUGAUCACCGACUACUAUCACGAGACAGCUGACCGGCUCCAUCUCAGGGCCGAGAAGGUCAGCAACGGGCCACCCCCUGAUAGCGACAACGUUCUAUUUCGGGGCAAGAACAUCAACCCGCUCGGCCCGGGCGGUGCCUACGACCGCCUCACCCUGACCCCUGGCAAGAAGCACCUGAUCCGACUUAUCAACCCCAGCGUCGACAACUCCUUCACCGUCUCCCUCGUCGGCCACACCUUCACCGUCAUCGCCACUGACCUGGUCCCCAUCACGCCCGUUGUCCGCAGCAAGCUCUUCAUGGGCGUCGGCCAACGCUACGAUGUCAUCGUCGAGGCCAACCAGCCUGUCGCCAACUACUGGUUCAACGCCACGCUCGAGGCCACCAACAGCUGCGGCCGCUCGCGCAACCCCUAUCCGGCGGCGAUCUGGUCCUACGCCGGCGCCAGCACCACAGCCCUCCCCACCAACCGCGGGACGCCCGUGACGGCCACAUGCAACGGCGAGACGGGCUUCAGCCCCAUCGUCAAGCGCACCCUCUCGGCCUCCCAGUUCCAGCUGAACCCCAACUCAACCCUCCCCGUCUCCCUCGCCUUCCCAACCCACCCCGACCGCGGCCAGGUCUUUGAGUGGCGCGUCAAGAACACGCCCAUCAGCGUCGAGUGGGAGCACCCGGUGCUCGAGUACAUCUUAGAGGGCAACUACUCGUUCCCCGCCGCCAUCAAUCUGGUCGACGUCCCGCAGGCCGACGUCUGGACGUUCUGGGUCAUCCAAAACGGGUUCACGCUGCCUCACCCAAUCCACCUGCACGGACACGACUUUUUGGUUCUUGGUAUGGGCUCGGGGACGUUCAACGCCGCCACCAUGACCAACCAGCUCAACUUCAACAACCCUGUCCGAAGGGAUGUCGAGCAGAUGCCCGGCGGCGGGUGGCUGGUGAUUGCCUUCCGCACGGACAACCCGGGCUGCUGGUUGAUGCAUUGCCAUAUUGCGUGGCAUGUGGGCAUGGGCCUGGGAAUUCAGUUCCUGGAGAGGAAGGCUGAGAUCCCGGACCUGAUGCAUCUGGAUCAGAUGGUGCCCAACUGUGACGCGUGGAGGGCUUAUUGGCCCACGAAUCCGUAUCGACCGCGGGUGGACUCGGGAUUGAAGAAGAGAAUGAUGAUGGAGGGCAUGGGGGUGGCGCGGGAGACGUGGGAGCCGGCUGUGAGGAGGAUUGGUUGAGGGAUUUACUAUGGGUGGUGAUGGGCCUGUGGGGUAAAACGGAAGUUUACGACUACCACUGUGCUCGGUGUUGUGGUCCGAGUGUUGCCGAGACCGUUUGGAAUAUUAGGGGGCAGUGAGGUCCGCGUGGGAGGAACAAGUACGAGUUUGAAUUCUCUGUCUCUGAUACCUUAC